UUAUCAGAUAAUAAUGAACGCUGCCUACUGCUGUCUAUCUUGCGUUGCUUCCUCUCCAAGCCCGCCUCCUCCUUUCUCAGGGCACACCCACCCGGUCCCGCGAGCACAUCCGGCUGUGUGUUGACUUGUCUUCUUCGGAGCCAAGCGGCAAGGACCUCAUUCACACGAAAAGAUUGAAACCAUAUGGCUCUCGUGGCGAAGGGCUACCGAGUGGUCCCACAGGCCCUGGCGGGUGCAGGGGCCGGGGCCAGCCGUGGCUUCAGGCACUUGCACCUCAAGGAGCACAAGGGGCUCUUCAAGGCGGCCGUGUCUGCAGCAGGCGGGGAGGGUGGCCGAGAGACCACUGCUGCCUUCGCCAGGGGGACAACUCUAUUCGUGGGGAACGUCGACGACCAAGGGGGACGUCUCUGCCGCAAGACGAUCGAGGCAAGGUUGCGACGAGCCCUCUUCUCUUGCGGAAAGAUCCUUCACGUGCAAGUGUCAGCGGCGUCGGCGGCCACGGACGGCGGGGUCGGUGACGCGAGGGGAGCAAAGGUAACGGGAAGGAAAACCAACGGUGCUGCGAGAUUCGCCCACGUGUGCUUCUCCUCGACGAAGGGGGUCCAGCGAGCCCUCGCUCUCGACCAACUGCCCUCGGGCGCGUCGUCUGCGUCUGCUGCAAGCGGUGGUGAAGAGGGGGCUGACACCAAAGCUUCAUCGAGAGAUGACGAGGAAGAGGACCCCGAGGAAGAGCUACGAGAUGAGAAUGGUGACCAAACGUGCGGCUACGCGGCGCUAAUCCAGCGGCAUCGCCGGAAGUUUCCACCGCGACAAGCGCUGCAGGAAGAGGUAGACGCUACCAUGCUCCGGUUCGAGGAGGAAGAGUCGGCGGAGAUCGCGCAGCGGAAAGCUAUGCUUGAGAACCCGGUAGACGACGACGGUUUCGUGACGGUUACGUACAAGAGAAAGAGAGGCAGAAAUAGCGGCGGCGGCGGCAGCGGAAACCCUCCGGAUGGCGUUGUCGCCGGAGGGGCCAAGAAGAAGCGCAAGGGGGCCGGUGAACUCUCGGACUUCUACAGAUUUCAGAUGCGGGAGACGCGACGUGAACAGUUGGCCACCCUACGGUCCAAGUUCGAGCAGGACAAGGCGCGGGUGGCUAAGAUGAAGCAGCAGCGCAAGUUUCGCCCAUUCUGAAGCGCCCUCGAUUCCCCUUCUUUUCGUCACCGAGAUACAUUCUACGGUGCCCCCCAAGGGGGCACACCUGAGAGAAUCCAAGACGACGCAGCCCCAAACUGGAGUAAGGACCCGAUCUGAAGGGGGGGGUCGUGCUCAUGCUUUGCAUUUCCUAGCUGUGAGUCCAUUGACCACGCGUGCCCGACACGAAGGAAUCUGGAGAGGGGGAAUACUAUUUACGUCCCAUCGCUUCGAUAAAACACAGGGAAGUUGCGUUUGCCGCCCCCAGACUGCAGUAGAGGGGAGGGCACUGGGCGACGCGGGGGGGGGACGUUCUCUUUUAUGUUUUGCAUGCCUUAGCGG